GGCGCCCCCGCCUGUUGUGGCCAUGGCGGCCGCCGGCUCCAGUGUGGUGAGGCGAGUGGAAGAGCUCGGGGACCUGGCUCAGGCGCACAUACAGCAGCUUAGCGAAGCCGCCGGUGAAGACGAUCACUUUUUAAUUCGGGCCUCUGCAGCUCUAGAAAAAUUGAAACUCCUGUGUGGAGAAGAGAAAGAAUGUUCAAAUCCAUCAAAUCUUCUAGAACUUUACACACAGGCUAUUUUAGACAUGACAUAUUUUGAGGAGAACAAACUUGUAGAUGAAGAUUUUCCUGAAGACUCAUCUUCACAGAAAGUAAAAGAACUGAUCAGCUUUCUUUCAGAACCAGAAAUUUUAGCUAAAGAAAAUAAUAUGCAACCAAAACACUGCGAUUUGCUUGGGGAUGAGCUACUGGAAUGUCUCUCUUGGCGACGAGGAGCCCUGCUGUAUAUGUACUGUCAUUCUCUGACCAAACGGAGAGAUUGGCUCUUGAGAAAAUCUAGUUUACUUAAAAAGUACCUUGUUGAUGGAAUCAGUUACUUGCUACAGAUGCUAAAUUAUCGGUGUCCUAUCCAGUUAAAUGAAGGAGUUUCUUUCCAAGACCUAGAUACGGCUAAAUUACUAAGUGCAGGAAUAUUUAGUGACAUUCACUUGCUGGCCAUGAUGUACAGUGGAGAAAUGUGUUACUGGGGAUUGAAGCAUUGUGCAGAUCAACAGCCAGAGAAUCAUGAAGUGGAUACUGAUGUUUGUGGAGCGAGCUGCACUACACACAAAGAACCCCUAGAUUUCCGAGAAGUUGGAGAAAAAAUUUUGAAAAAGUAUGUAUCUGUGUGUGAAGGACCCCUGAAAGAACAAGAAUGGAAUACAACGAAUGCAAAACAAAUUUUAAACUUCUUUCAGCUUCGCUGUAACUAGUAAAUCCAUCCAGUUUUUUCCAAACAGAAAAACAAAAGGACCCAUGAAAUGGAAAAGAAAAUUCUAGAACAGAAGACAUUGGCACUGAAUUUGAGAACAAAACAGUACAUAAGGAUAUCCAGAAUGGUUACCCAUCUUUAAAUGUCAUCACCAUCUUCUAUUAUACAUUCUUAAACUCAUGAAGAAAUGUUGUUUUAAUUUCUAAAAUGGCAUGUAUGUUAUUCUAAGUCAGCUUGAACUACAGAUACCCUGUCACUAAUUAUAAGAAGGAACCCAAUUUACUUGAAAACAAUUUUUUCCUAUUACUUUAGUUUUUUUUCUUAUUUGGUAAAAUAUACAUAACUAAACAUUGUAAUCAUCUACAGAUAAUUUUUAAACUCCCUAUCUUGAACUAUAUCAUGUUUCAAAGCUUAAAAUUCAAUUGCCUCAUUGCUUUGAAUACAUAGUAUGUAUAUCAACGUAGGCAAAAUGAAAGAUUAUGACUAUAUUUAAAUUUCAUUUCUAUUAUGGUAAAUAAUGAAAGACUCCAUACAGGAGAAUCCAUAUAGGAUUCACUGUGUUUAAUUUCGCCAUGUAUUAGUAAUUAUAUUUGAAGUUUUUACUUUACCUUAAGCAUUUUAUAAAAAUGUAAAAAUGAUUUUCCUAAUUUUAAAAGAAUAUACAUGACUUCUCAAGUGAGUAGUGUAAUAAAGAUAAAAACCAGGUUAGGUUAGUCUACCAUUAGUUCACAUACGUUUAGGGCACACCUUUUAAUACUGUGUUACAUUAGGGCACAUCUUUUAAAACUCUGACAUUCUAGUAUUUUUGCCUUUAAUAGUAAGGAUGAGUGCUAAAGGCCAGAGUGCCUGACUUAAUAUCUUGCUCAUGGUCUUUACGUCUACCUCAGCUCCUGUUGUCAUCUUGGAACAAUCUGUCUAAAAGUAGGCUGGUAUCCUGGACUUCUUUCUCAUUGACUUUAUCACAUUCCAGCUACUUACUUCCAGCGAUACGUUGAACGUUACCAUCUUUUUGAAAUACCACAUUUCAAUAAUCCAUGACAAUUCUCAUCUUUCCAGUUUUUUCACUGUUUUUAUUCAUUUUCUCUCUCAUUUCUUUCUACAUACUUUAGCUUCUUCACAACCUCUUUUUCCUUUCCUUUUAACUCGAGAUAAGAGUGUCUAUGUGUGGACAUACGUGCACAGAUGUGCGCACAGUGGAGAAACUCCUUCCACAAGCCUUGGCUACACUGCCAUCUCCUCCUAUCUCCAGCCUGUCCAAAUCCUAGCUACAAGUGCGUGUCCAGCAUGUUUUUAAUGCUGAGAACUCAAACUGCCAUUGGCAUGUGGCUUCCAGCUUUGGAGUGUGAUCUGCCUCUAACAGGGCCACAGAGCCUGGGCCAGCCACCUUUCUUGACUGCUUCCUUUACUCCCCUUACCGUCAGGUUUAGAUUUUGCUGCUUUCCUGUUUACCUGUAUGAACUGCUCUCAUCAGUUGUUCCUUCUUCCAAAUUUCUAAUCAUUCUGAAGUCCUCAACAUUCAAUUAACCCCAUUACCUAUCUUUUCUGGAAUUCUGAGUUCUGAGAAAAGGGCAUGCAGUCCUUCAAAGUGGAAUCACUACAAGUGUCUUGCUUCAACUUGAGAUGGUUUCUCAAUGAAGCCUUUUAUUUAUUACCAUGGUGACCUUUCUGUGUUUUCCCACUGUGGCUGAGCCAACCUUCAUCAUUUUUAUUAGGCUUUCAACCCCUCCCCUAACACAUAGUCCCUUCUACUGUCUUACAGAAAAUUGUGAGUUAUGAGGAGGUCAACUUAUAUAUUUACCAACUUUACUCAUUUUUUCCUAUUUUAGAGGAAAAGAGAUUGCUUACCUCCUGUUGAAGGCUAAUCUAUUUAGAGAUUUCAUCUCCGCUGUCUCCCUCAUUUUCCUUGUCUCAUUUUUUUACCCACUUCUUAGGUGCUAAUCUUGACUAGAAUUGUAUCCUUCCAUUAUGUUUUUCCUUUUCUUUCAUUUUAAAAAAGGCUGGGUCUCUCUGUCUUGGAGCCUUCCUGUCUCAGUCUCCCAGCUCAGACUUCAGGCAGGUGCCACCAUGCCUGGCUUUUAUCUUUUUUAAGUCAGUCUCACUAUGUUGCUCAUGCCACCCUGGAGUUCACGAUCCUCCUGCCUCAACUUCCCCAAGUCAUACCACAUAGGCACAUACCGCCUGCCUGGCCUUUAGGUUGAACUAGCACUUGACCUCGGUCCUCCCAUGUGGUCCCAGCCUGCAGAGCACAGUGUCUUUGCUGCUUGUGCUACCAUGGCUAGACCUCCUCCUCUUACUCUUAAGUACUCUUACACAGUUCCAUUUAUAGCCAUGGAUACUUGCUUCACCACUUGUAUUAUCAGGCUGACUCAAACUUUAACUUGAAUCCUAUCUUCUCUCUUGCUCUCUAGACCUUAUUUCCAAUUGCCUACUAUAUUUUUCACAUGGGCAAGCAUCCCAUAGUGAUUUUAAGUUCAGUAUAUCCAAACAGCACAUCCUCUUCUUUCAUUUUUUUUUGCUUCAUGUUGUCUCUUCUUUGGAUCUUCCACAGAGCAGAGCAACACAGAAUGCCUACCUUCCCAGCCUCCUUUCUGCAGUCAUCCUGUGUAAUUUUGUGUAGCUCUUCAGUGUUCAAAUAUGUGAAACCCAGACUCCUUCCUGAUAAGUGUAAAAUUUCUGAUAGAGCCUUUGGGGCAAGGUUAUCUCUUCCCAUCCCACCCCAGCCCCAUUGCUUAUCUUUACACAGCUAAGAAGAUUUUUAUUUAACUUAGCAUUUUAAAAGUUUGUAUUAUAAAAUACCUUUGUGCUUUCUAAGUAUAAAGAUUUUAAAUAAUUUUUAAUAUGGUUUUAAGAACCACAGACUAUCCCUCCUCCUCUUAGAGUAUCAGGAUCAAUUACAAAUACUUACAGUUUUUUUCCUAGGUGUGCUCUUGUGUUUUUUCAGCCUCAGUACGAUUAUAGACAUCAUUACUCUGUGUCCUUUGUGGCCAAGUGAACACCUGUUUAACCUUUCAGGACUUAACUUCAGUGGUAUUGUAUCCAUAGGCUUCUUUAGCCCUUUCCAGUCAAAAUAAGGUUCCCCUUUAUUGUGUUCCCUUAAUCCCCUCCCAUGUUAGCACACUAAUCACAUGGCUAUAUGUUUUCCUUACUAAGUGGUGAAUACCACAUUUUAAAACUUCACCUUUUACAGUAUGUGUAAAAAAUGUACCUUAUACAUACAUACAUCAAUGCAUGGUAGGCCAUCAGUCAUGCUUUUUUAAUUAAUAAGGCAUGAUUCUAAAUGCCAAACUCUGCACAAAAUGUUUGCUGCUGUUAAAUUCCAAACUGCCAUGCCCUCUAUAGGGAUAUAUAAAGGAUCUAGAGGAAUAAGUGUUUAGAUUCUGAACCUGAGAAUACAAGAGCAUUUUCUCUUCAGAAGCUGAGAAUUUCCAUUUUUGCCUUCAUGACCCUGUGAGCCACCUGGGUCUUUUUUUUUGGUUGGUACAAAUAUGAGGGUAUUACUGGGUGCUUUUUGUAUAACUUCCUGUGCCCUACACAGUUAGAGAAUAGUUUGUAGACCACAACAUUACAAUCAAGUGUUUUUUUUCCUCUGGUGUAUUAUAAAACAAUGAUUAACACACAUUGUACAGUUAAGUCUGCUAAGUAAAUCUGUUUCAUUUAGAAUGAAGUAACCUCAAGAAAUUAAAUACUUCACAUACGGAAAGUCUUAGAAUAAGGGGCUACCGUGACAUGGGGAACAGUACUGUUUGAUUUAGGGUGGUUGGGAAGGCACCUCUUAGCAAGUAUCUGUCUCUUACUUUAGCUUUUGUGUCUUCAACUUCCACCCUCUUGGUUUAAGGGCUCGUAUAUUCAAUACGUUCAGAAAGUUUCUGUCACCGUAGUUCUGAUAAAGAAGUAACGAUUGAGUCACUGCUUAUGACUUUCUCGUUUUGGUUACAUUUAAAUGUUUUUUCUCCAGUGUGGAAUUUACUAAUGGUAACAUAAAUAAUACCUAAAGGCCCUGUUGUAUUUUAUAACACUUGAGAUUUCUCUUCACUUUGAAUUCUCUAAUAGCUAAUAAAAUUGACACUCUGUUAACAAAGAACCUUUCAGAAUCCUUAAAUUUGUAUGGCUCUUUCGAAUGAGAAUUUUCUUGUAUAAACUUGGCUUUGAGACUUAAAGACCUUUCUGCUUUGCUAAUUUGUACAGUUUCUGCCUACUAGAAGUUAUUUGAUGCUGAUUAAGGUGCAAACUAUGAUCAAAAGACUUUCCCUUAAUUCCUUUGUGAACAAGCAUACUUGGGUGAGAGUCACAGCUGAUACCCCACAAUAAAUUACAUUCCUAGCUUUACAGUUCUGCUUUUGAAAGGCAUUUCAAGAUUCAUUUAGGUGGCAUUUGUAAAAAUCCACAGCUGGUUGAUGAACUAGUUUUAGAUUGUUUGUCUCUUUGCUCAUUCCACCUUUCAGGGCUGCUUUUCUGGCUUCAAUAUAAGUACUCCAUCUGCUGGAAUGUAGAAAUCUGUAGUUCUGUAAUAUUGUAGUAUCACUUCCCUGUAUUCUUUUUAAAAUACAACAUGAGGUAAUAUAUUAUGGAAGUACUACAUUAAGAUACAUUUAGUAAUUACAGUAUGCAUCCAUGCUGGUGUUCUUUACUGUUUUUUUUUUUGUUUUAUUACUUGUGAAAAUUUCUAAGUAAAAUGUUUGAGAGCAUAUAACUUUUCUUUUUUAAAAUAAAACCAUAUUCCCCUA